AUGGAUCAACCCACUGAGGACCAGUGUAACCACAAGUUUUGCAUCCAUGGCAGUUUCAUAUUUUUCUGCGUGCUGGAAACAAAGAGAGCGGCCGACUUUUUUCCAGCAGAGACCACACAGACACCGGCCCCUCAGACGCUGAGGGAAAAAACACACGAUGCUCCUGAGCCCUCACAUGUUGUAAGCCACAUAUAUGGGGUCCAGCUGGUCGGCCAGAAAUCCAUCUCUGAGGUGCAUGCGCUGCUUCUCCCCUCUGGAGUUAAUGGGGAUGACGCCGGGGUCCACUACCACCACCACCCCCACGAUGAGGUAGUGCUCCUCCAGGACAACGUUGGUGACCAGGGCCACCAGGUCCAGGGCCUCCUGCUCCGAUCCCUCCAGCUCCACCACCACCACGAGGAGGUUUGUCCAAGUGAAGACGGCGCUGACUCCAUCAGUGGCAGACUACAUAUGGCAACAUUCACCCUGCAGCCGAAAGUGGUGCUGACUGCUCGAGGUGAGAGCCCCAAGUCUUUGAAGAUCUUUGAGAAGGACUGA